AUGUAUGAAGUGAUAAUCAAAACAUCCUUGAAAGACAUGUGGACUGACUGCAUUGCUCAGGAUGGAAACUCACAGGCCAGUAAAAUUGCAGGCCGCAGGAAGAGAACCUGUUUCACCAAAGAGCACUUGGAACUACUUAAAAUGGCUUUCAGUGUGGACCCCUACCCUGGUAUUAGUGUCAGGGAAAGUCUAUCUCAAGCCACGGGCCUACCCGAGUCACGUAUUCAGGUGUGGUUCCAGAACAAGAGAGCCAGAACCCUAAAGAACAGAGCUUAUCAGAACUCACCUCAGCUAGACAGCACCUCUCCUCUGCCCAGCCCUUUUCUACCCCCUCACAUGGCUAGCGUUGGGGUCAGUGGCCAACAGAGAGGCAUUCAAGAGGAAUCCUUCAACAUUCAGAUGUCUCAAACGUCUCCUCAGCACUUUACUUUCCCUCCAAGUGACUAUAGCACACCUGCCAUUAAGCCUCGGCAAAACAGGUUAAUGGGAACCAGCUCUUGUUCUCCCUCUCUUCCCUCUGAUCUACAAGCUAUGGCAGACAGCUGGAGCUCUGGAGGAAGCACACAGACCUCUCCUGAGUCUACAUGGAGUCUACCAGCACAGAGUUUUGGGAAUUCCUACAAGGAUGAGAGUCAUUUCUUCCUCUACCCACCACCUCCUUAUCCACAUGGAAGUGCCAAAGUCGGGUGUGUUAGUGGCCUUGAGUCACUUCCAACUUCUCCUGCCUCUCCUGAUUCUGCAUUUUGGGACAUGGGACUGGAAAAUUGCUCUCCAUCUGUGCCAGACACUGACUGUGGAAGCCCAUGGGACAGGGUCGCUGAGGAGCAGCCUGUGGCCCCACUUCCAGAUCUGUCCUCUCAGUAUCUGGAGGAUGUUCUUGGGAAAAUGGAGCCAGCCUGGUGGAACUUCAAUGGCCAGAUGGAUCUACAGUAAUCUAGCGAACUUCCAUAACCUAAAGGAGACAAACACUGUUUUAACAUAGGUUUAACUUGAGGGGAAGGAACUGUAUUAUAUGGAAAGCGUGGUAUUGUGCAAGUGCCGGUUACAGAGCAAUAUCAGAUAUCCACAUUGGACAGUUAUUUAAUGGACUUUAUUUAUUUAAAUUUUCUACCAAGGAGUAGAUUGGAAACAGUAGCCUACGGUUGCACCAUAAAAGUAACUUAUUUAUUCUUUAUGCUCUUUUUAAGGUAUUACAGUGCAGUUGGGAUAUUUAUUUCUACAUUUAAUGAAGGUCACACAACCUAUACUGUCACUUUGUAAAAUAUUGGAUAUUUAUUUGAAAUAAAAUGUUAAAAUGUAUAAA